AAUGGCGUUCAUCCGUCCUACUCAGUGCACUAUUUCACUUUGCGGAGGAAGCCCGCCCCCUUUCUGUACUUCCUCGCUCGACGACGUCACUUCCACAGUACGGAAAACAUGGCGGCUGCCAGUCCAUCAGAGUCGGUGAACUCAGUGCCGAUAGAUGUGUUGAUCAAGACGGAGCCAGAAUCCGAGCGUGAUCUGCAAUUUGCCCAGGAGAAUGUUCCAGUUAAACGAGACCCUGUCGUCCCUCUCAUAGCCCCGGUUAGCGGACUGCAGCCGCUCACCUGGUCGCAGGACCACCGCCUGGCGGUAUGCACCACCACCUCCUUGUCGCUGCUGGAGCUUGUGUGCGACGUCCACAGCAACAAACAGGACCUGGCGUUGCACAGGACUUCUAUCCCCGUCCCCACAGAAGUUUAUAAGCUGCGGGUGGGACCAGCAGGGGAGCUAGCUGAAGCGAUGGAGAAGUUCUCAACACACCCAGACCCCGCUGUAAGGCAAGUUUUUCUGGCGGACACAGUGAUCAACCCCUCAGUAGGAGUGCACAAAGGAAUAAAAUAUGCAAGUUGGUCACCGUUAGGUUGUGACUCUAGUGGGCGCUGUCUACUCGCUUGCCUAACACUUGAUCACAGACUUACCAUUCAUAACAGCCACAAGCGUCUCGAGUGGAACAUGCUAGUCGAUCUCACCAAAAAGUACAGUGAGAGGCUAAAGGAGCGCGGCUACGCCAAGAAAGACGAUAAGCCACCUCAGGCAAACCUGCUGGACUUAGAAGAGCUGCAGCGGCGUUUCCGUAUGCAGACUCCUUUGAGAAUGGAGUGGUCAAGUGUUUACACAGUCAAACAGGUUCAACCGGACAACACAUGUGUAGAAGAAGAGAUGGUCCUCCUGGCUGUCUUGAUGGAAAAUGGUGACCUUGUUUUGUGGAAGUUUGUGUUGCCCUUUACAAAUGGGACAGAGGUUGUGUUUUAUGACAUCAUCGAAUCAGGUGUGACCAGACCCAGUGACUUGGCCUGGUGGGAGUAUGGAAACGCAGAUCGACGAAUGAGUGGCCUGAUCAUUGGCAGUGAGGUGGGACCUGUCAAGAUCAUGCCUGUCAGCCUGGUGGGAGUGAAGGGCUACUUCACCCUCCGACACCCUGUCAUUCUCUGGAAGGAGUCUGAUGAGAUCGCUGUGGAAAACAUCAAAUGUGUCCCACUCAUCCACCCAAUCCAUAAAUCCAGCUGCAGCCUCAUUGUUGCGUCACGCGGCUGCUAUAUCUUUUGGUGCUUGCUCAUGAUUUCACCAGCAGGACUAAAUGUACACAAUUCUCAUGUGGCAGGGCUGCACUCGCUCCCUGUGGUCUCGCUAGCGGUCAGUCAACAUGGUGUUGCAGUGUACAGUUGUUCCAUAGAUGGGUGGAUAAAAAAGCUGACUCCAACUUUUACAGAAAACGCUUUGAUUUUCAAGCAAGAGGACAUGCUGGGACCCGAAAACCUAAUAGGAAGGCGGAUACACGGGAUUUCAGUGAGCUGCAAUGGAGCGUAUAUUGCUAUGGUCAGCACGCAAGGUAUUGUCGAAGGCUUUCAUCCCAUUAACAGGACCUACCAGGUUCACUUUGUCACCCUGAAAACACCUGAAAUGGCAGCAGCGCUGCUGCUCAAGUCCCCCACACAGAACCUGUACAAGAUGGCUGACCUGCUUGAUCUGAUGAGGUGGCAAAUUUUGAAAAACAAGUGUAUCCCUGCGUCACUGCAGGAAGAACUAGAUCAAAAGAUCCAGGAGGUAGACUCACCCUAUCUGUGGCGUUUGAAGCUCUUUUUGGUGCGUAUACUUUACCAGUCACUGCAGUCACCUCUUACUGAUCACCACGGUAAACCUACAAACGAGGGAAGCAAGGUGUUUGUAACGGACGAGGAGGAUGAAGAGGAUGAAGAAGAAGAUGUGCAAGAGGAAGGUGAGCCUGGUAGAGUAAAACAGGAGGAAGAGAUUCAGGAGGAGCAGAUGGCAGAGGUACAGGCUUGGAUCAAUGCUGUAGAGACCCAUCUAAUGAGAGAAAACAUGAAGAAGGUGCUGGGGGUGGUGUACCUCAACACUUGGAUUGCUCAGAACACCAGCAUACCUACCUGUGGCCUGGUGGAGUACCUCUCCAAAGACACUAACGACAGAGCUUCAGAGGUCCUGAUUGGCCACAUCAAGAAAAAGAUGAACAAGCAGACGUUCUCGGAACACUGCAGCCUGUGUCAGGCCGUGCUGCCCUUCACGGACCACAAACAAGCAGUCUGUAAAAACGGCCACAUGUGGCUCAGGUGUGUGUUGUCGUACCAGGCCUGCCAGACGCUGACGUUCAGACGUUGCCUCCUGCUGGAUACCAUCGCCAGACUGCCAGAGCCUGAGGAUCCAGAGUGGAUAAAGAAGAUGCUGCAGGCGCCCUGCACGCUCUGCGACUCGCCGAUGAUCUAGAGCUGAACCUCAGGGUUCCUCUGUAACCCUCAGCACUUCCUGCUCUGACACAGGAUCUGGUUUUGUCAGAAGUCACUGCUUCAGUUAUUUUCUUAUUUCAUGUAGUUUGUUCAUGUUUUUUUUUUAAUGACUUUAUAUUGGUUUCUAAAAUUGCAAAUAAAAGGCUUUGAUUAUUA